AAGUGUGUGGUCCUGGUCGAUCAUUCUCACACUUGGUCCUGCGCGUUCACCGUGUAAUUUGCAACAGGAAGUGCAUAAUCGGCUGAGGGCCAUUUUUGUGACAAGGACCCAAGCAUGAGGCCUCGGCGGCUUGACUUUGCCCGGCGCCUGGCGGUUGUCCAUCUCGAUCAACUGCCGGCGGCCGAGGCGGCAGAACUCGCGCCCCCGGUUUCCUCUGCGGCCGGCAUUGCUGGAGGUGCGAUCGGCGGCGUGGCUAGCGUCUCCGGUCGCGGUGCCUUGCACAUUGAGACCGGUGUCGACAAGGAGGAGGAAAUCGAGCACCAUCUGCAAGCCGUCAUCUCCGCCGCGCAAUUGGAUGAUGACGCGAUCCCCGUGGCUGACUCCACGCCCGGUGACGCGGCUGGUGAGUCCGGGACGUCGGCCGACGCAUCGGGCUCUGCAUCUGCCACUCUCGGUGGCGACGGCAAAGCCGGUGCCUCCUCGGUGGUUCCCCUGCCAUCUAUCCCCAUCCCUGAUGCCAAUCGGGAGAUCGACAAUUACGAGCAAUUUUACGCCCUCCCGGGGGCCGGGUAUGAGCGCCCGCAGCUUCCGGAGCUGGCGCAACUCGGAGCCCUGCGCGCAUCAGCCAAGGACCUGCUGGCCCUGCGUGAUACGGCUGAGUAUGACUUGCGCGAGGAGGACAUCGAGUGGAUGAACAAGUGGAACUCUGCGCCCGGACGCAGUCCGCGUGCCCUGCUCAAUGAGGACCUCCUGGAAAGGAUGCUCGUGCUCUUUGAGAAAACGUUCCCCGAUGCCAAUACCGCCACUCAGCCCCAGGUAACCGGAGUCCCGACGGCCACGGUGGCCGGGGUGUUCGAAUACUGGCGCAAGAUCAACAUCGAGCGUGGGGGUCGCAUUCAUUGGUACUUGCAGGGCGAGACCAAGCUCAAUGAUCCCGAUCCAUAUGUGUGCUUCCGGCCGCGUAUCAUCCAGCAUACCCGCAAGUCCCGACGCCUGGACCAGCAGAUGUAUCAACAGCUCCGGGCCCUGCGAACGCAUCUGGUGGCCGCGCGUGAGACGCUCGAUCUGACCAUUCGGCGAGAUCGCAUCAAGCGCGAGGGCUUGCUUGUGGAAAUCCUCGAGGCCGAUGGGCGUGCACGUGCUUUGGCCCUGGCGGCCAGGUAUUCGUCCCUGAGCCAGACGUCGCCGAUGGCGGCCGCCACGUCGGCAGCCGCGGCCGCCGCGGCCGCCGCGGCCGUUGGCAUCCCGGACGUACCGCCUCCCAGCAAAGUGGCGCGCAGCUUCGUGGCCGGGACCCUUGCAAGUGGCGGUGCCGCCGGGGCUGCCCUCCCCCUGCAAGCGUCGCUACUCAAGACUGGGCGUGGUGGCGCAGUGGCCGCUGGCGAUGGUGCCCUCGGCGAUCGCCCGAUCUCGCUCACUCUUCCCGGCUCACCGGCGGCCGUCGCGCGCGAUGGCCUCACCCUCUCGGUGUCCGCCGCGGGCAAAGUGUCAGCUGGUCGGACUGGAUCCGCGGGAUCCGGCGUGCGAGGCCCGGCCGCUGGCAAGCCCGGCCCCACGGUCUCCGGUGAUGCCACUGGCGCAUCGGCACCGGCCGCGGCUGCUCCCGGGGGUCGCCCGGGAUCGGCCGUCGAAGAUCCGGCCGUUCCUGUCCCGGCCCCUGUGGACUCUGAUGGUUCUUGCUUGCCGACGGGCGUUUCGCUGCAUCUACCGCUGGAGUAUCCCCCUGUAUUGGGCACCGACCCGCAGUACCAACACUCACGCCCCUGCUUUGGGGACAUGCUGCCGGUGCCCAACGCCAACGCCCUGGAUCCGGCUGGUUUGCCGCUCUGGUGUGAUUAUACCACGGGCGUCAAUCUUUUCCCGGAUCCUCUGUCACUGGAGCUGGAGCGUGCCGAGGCGGUCACCGCCUUCGGCAAUGUCUAUCUCUACCACCCUCUGACUCCGCCAUCGUCGCCCCCGGGCGGGAGUGAGAUGGCCCCAGCUGAAGCGCCGGCGGCCCCAUCCGCGGCUGCCUCUUUAAAGCGCACUUGGGCGGCGGCCUUUGACAAUCCGCCCCCGGCUGCGGCCGGCCCGAUGCAUGGUGCCACCGAUGUGGCCACCUCUGCUUCGAUUGGCCAACAUCUCGCAAAGGUCUCCUGUCCCAUUUCCUCGCCCAACCUGCCAAGUGACAUCACCCAGCCACUUGCCAGACCUUCCCUUCCCUCCUCUUCAGACCCUGCUGCCAGCAGUGCCAGCAGUGCCAGUGUGCCCGAUACCGAGGCGCUCCUGGCCCAGCAUCAGCCAGCCUUCAAGGUUGAGACCUUGUCCUUUGCGCGCGUCCGUCGCGGCCGCGGCGGCCGCAUGAUCAUCGACCGGGGCUGGCAGAUGUCCCAGACUUCGCAGCGCUCCACUUUGCCACAGCCAUAUGGCUUCUCCACGCCGAUGACUUGCGACAUGUCCUGGCGCGCGACCGACCCCUUCACCAACCCCACGCGGCUGCAGUCUCGAGCGUCGCAGAUGUUCGGCUCGGCCACGGGGAUGGUGAAUCACGCCACCGCCGUCGGGCUGGGCAUUGCCAAUGACUCCUGGCGACACCCCUUCUCGGUGCCGGUGCCGCACUUUGCCCCGAGCGAGCUCGUUCGCCUGGCUGGUGGACCAGGCCCAGUCGAGAUUAUCCCCCGGCUGCCUGAGCCGAUUGCCCCGAUUGCCCCUCCGCCGCCCCCUCGCAAGAAGGCCUCCGCGGCCGGGGGGGCCGCCGCCGGAGCAGCCGGGACCAAGGGUGCUGCACGCGCUCCUCGGCCGAGUGGUGCGGGUUCUGGCGCUUCGCGGCCGCCGAAGGCCAGUGCCACCGGCGCCUCACGGCCCUCCAAGGCUGGCACCGGGCAGCCUGGCGAGAAGAAGGCCACCAAGGCCUCUGGAACCAAGAGCGGCGCCGCUCGCCGGGCCACCACUCCCAGUGGGGGAGUCAAGGCGGCAGCGGCGGCAGCGGCGGCCGCGGCCGCGGCGGCCGCUGGCGGCACAGCUGCCGGCCCGCCGGCCCCCACCGCCUCGGCGUCUGGUGCCGGCGCCGCCGCCGCCGCCGCCGCCGCUCCGAAGGCCUCUUCCAAGAGCGGCGGACCCGCGGCUGCUGGGCGUGGUAAUCCCUCUGCAGCCGGGGCGGCCGGCGCCGGGGGUACUGGCGCCGCGCGUGUGGCCAAUCGCCCGGGUAGUGGUGCUGGGACGGGCGCGCGUCGUGUUGCUCGUCCCGGCGCCCCGAGUGCUGCUGGCGUCGCCUCGACGAAGUCCGCCGGGGGGACUUCCGGUGCUGCUGCCUCGGCGGGGGGUGGGGCUGGCGCCGCUGCCGGGUCGGGUGCUGCUGGCACCACCAAGCCCGCUGCCACGACGGCCACGGCAGCCACCAAGGCCACCGGCGCGACAGCCCCAGCCGGGGCGGCGGCCAAAAAGUCGGCCACCGCUGGCUCGGGCUCCGCAAAGCCCGCCGCUCCACGAGUCAAGAAGGCCAAGGCUGCGGUCUCGGCCGCGGCCGCCACGCCAGCCGCCACGUCGGCGGCACGCGGCGGCGCCUGACGGAGAUCUGCCUUAUUUCUUUCCCCCCCUCCCCCCCCCCCC